GUGCAUGAGCAUGUGACAAGGGUGGCCUGGCUGGGGUCAGUGAAGCCUGACGCUCAGGUGUGGCCGCCCCCUCUGCCACAGGAGACUGGGCAAGCCAGCAGGGUCCUGUGCCGGAAGAAACAAGGUUAAUGGGAGAAUUAACCAGGUACAGUGUUUGGAGCUCCGCAGACCUUACUCUUGUGGGAGGACAGGCUUGGGACAGCCCCUGGCUUCUGGUUCUCUGACUUUGCCCUCACUUAGUGCAGGGCCUUCUGCUGGUGUAGUCUGAACAAGAGAAGGAAGAUCCCCAAGGAAGGCCUCCGCGUUGGUCUUCUGUGGAGUUGGGGUCAUUGAUUUCCUUUCCUCCCUGCUAGCUUUCCAUUAAUGUAACUUGGUUCCUGUUUGGGCUCCACACUAAAGUCUGGUCUGUAAGUGUGCCGAUGAAAUGAAGUCGGGUAAGAAAUGCAGGCUUAGUGGGAGAGUGGACAGAAUUAAGAGUGUCAGAUCUUUUGUUUUGUCCUGUGUGAGGCUGGCACUGCAUGGACUCCUUACCCAGGGCUUCUGGGCAGCAGCCAAUGUGGGUCUGGGGCGGCUGCAACUGAACACCAGCUAGUUUUAAAAAGGGGGUUCCUGCCAGCUUUUCCUGGUUCUUCCUGUCACUGCUGCCACCUGCUGCCCAGGGCUCCCUCUAUUCCGCAGCUCCAGUGGCAUCCUAGGGCUUGGAGGAGCAGGCCCGGCUGUAGCCCCUCUCCCACCCAGCUUCUCUCACAAACUAUGCUUAUGAGGGGCAGUGUGAGAGAGUUUAAUGUCUGUAAUUUCCCAAUUUUACGUCCGGGGAAGCAGCCCUGGAGAUGAAGGAUCCUGCCCUUGGCACAUGCCAGGGAGCAGCAGGGCUGGGGCUGGGGCAGGUUGUGUGGCUUCAUUUGGGACCUGCCUUGAAUUCAUGCUUGGGGAUUUUUUUUUUCAGGGUCUCACCUAUGCUUGUAUAACUGCUUUAGUUUUUAAAAUGAUCCUUCCUUGCUUUAAUAAUAAUUUGAAAUAACCUUUAAGCCCAUUAAAAAAGUGUUUUGUUUCUCUUCUCUCCUCAGGUGGUGCGUGGGCUCUAGACCAUGUGCCUGGGCAGUUUUUGCUUUCUCCGCAGCUCUGCUCCACCAGCCACGCUCACCACACCCUUGUUUUGAGCACCUUACCAAGUCCUUGCCGGUGUCCAGCCAUGGGGGAUAUGAAAACUCCAGAUUUUGAUGAUCUCUUGGCUGCCUUUGACAUCCCGGACCCCACCAGCCUUGAUGCCAAGGAGGCCAUCCAGACACCCAGCGAGGAGCAUGAGAGCUCUCUUAAAGCCCCAGGCAUGUGUAUGGAUGAGAACGUGUCCUUGUCCCACUCAGGAUCUGCCCCUGACGUACCUGCCGUGAGUGUUAUUGUCAAGAACACCAGCCGCCAGGAGUCGUUUGAAGCAGAGAAAGAUCCCAUUGCCCCCAGCCUCCUGCACAAUGGGUUCCGGGGCUCAGAUCUGCCUGCCGACCCCCACAACUGCGGCAAGUUUGAUUCUACUUUCAUGAAUGGAGGUAGUGUCAGGAGCUUUGCUGGCAAGCUGGAGCCCCCCAAGUCAGAGCCAUUACCCACCUUCAACCAGUUUAGUCCAAUCUCCAGCCCAGAGCCUGAGGAUCCCAUCAAAGAUAACGGGUUUGGGACCAAGGCCAAGCACUCGGACAGUUACUUCUCACCUCCUCUUGGGUGCGGGACUAUGGGGGGCCCAGUUCUGGAGGCUCUGGGCAAAUUUCCAGUUCCAGAGCUGCACAUGUUCGAUCACCUUUGUAAGAAAGAACCCAAGCCAGAACCCCUAUCCUUGGGGCCCCAGCAGGAGCAGGGGCGAGGUGGACAGAAAGCAGUGGAGCCCCUGAAAGAGUUGGAUGCCCACCGAUUCUUUGGCGAAGCUUUGGAGUUCAACAGCCACACUAGCAACAGCCUUGCAGAGCCCAGGAAGCUGGCCUCGGACCUUGGUGCCUGUUCCUCUGUUCCGCCCAGGCAGCGUCUCAAGCCAGCCCAUUCCAAGCUGUCUUCUUGUGUUGCAGCCUUGGUGGCCCUGCAGGCCAAAAGAGUGGCCAGUGUCCCCAAGGAGGGUCUGCCAGGCACCACCAAGGAUUCCUCAGGGCCUGCUAGAGAGUGUCCUAAAAGCAGCCCCAAAAUGCCCAAGUCACCAAAGAGCCCCCGAAGCCCUCUGGAGGCCACUAGGAAAAGUGUCAAGCCAUCAGACAGCCCUCGGAGCAUUUGCAGCGACAGCAGCAGCAAAGGCUCCCCCUCAGUGGCUGCCAGCUCCCCACCAGCAAUUCCCAAAGUCAGGAUCAAAACCAUUAAGACAUCCUCGGGGGAAAUCAAACGGACCGUCACAAGGAUCCUUCCAGACCCUGAUGAUCCAAGUAAAUCCCCCGUGGGGUCACCUCUAGGGACCCCCGUUGCUGAGGCCCCAAGCGAGGUGCCAGGGGAUGAAGUUGUGGCCCUGCCUAUGGAGGAGCACUUGGCUGAGGCCAGCACAGAUUCAGGGAGCCCCCAAGGGGACAGAAAUGGGGACGAAAGCACGACAAAGGCCGGUGACUCUUCAUCUCCCUGUUCUGGGGCCCGGGUCCCUAAGGGAGCUGCCAUGGGCUCACAGUUGGGCAAGAAUCAACAGAACACAGUGCUGCAGGUGUCAGCCCUGGCCCCAGCCAGCCUCCUACCCAAAGCUGUGCACCUGGCCAACCUGAACCUGGUCCCCCACAGCGUGGCUGCGUCUGUGACAGCCAAGUCCUCAGCGCAGAGACGGAACCAGCCCACACAGAUGUCGGUGCCUCUGGUCCACCAGGUGAAAAAGGCUGCCCCGUUCAUUGUGGAGGUCUUCAACAGGGUCCUCCACAGCUCCAACCCUGUGCCCCUCUAUGCGCCCAAUCUCAGCCCGCCUGCAGACAGCAGGAUCCACGUGCCGGCCAGUGGGUACUGCUGCCUUGAGUGCGGGGAUGCAUUUGCCUUAGAGAAGAGCCUGAGCCAGCAUUAUGGCCGGCGGAGUGUCCACAUCGAGGUGCUGUGCACGCUGUGCUCCAAGACGCUGCUCUUCUUCAAUAAGUGCAGUCUGCUGCGGCACGCCCGUGACCACAAGAGCAAAGGACUGGUCAUGCAGUGCUCUCAGCUGCUCGUGAAGCCUAUCUCUGCGGACCAAAUGUUUGUGCCGCUCCCUGCAAACUCCAUCACACCAGCAGCCCUGGCCCCCACCACAGCCCCGGUCCCAGCUCCAGCCCCUCCCACCUCCCCCAAGCCUGGCCCCACUUCCGGCAGUGCGAGCCCAUCUCCUCCAGCCUUGCCACUCUACCCAGACCCCGUGAGGCUCAUCCGGUAUGGAAGCAAGUGUCCCGAGUGUCACAAACAGAUGCGAGACUACAUGGUCUUGGCUGCGCAUUUCCAGAGGACAGAAGAAGCCGAGGGGCUGACUUGCCAGGUAUGCCAGAUGCUGCUGCCCAACCAGUGCAGUUUCUGUGCCCACCAGCGGAUUCAUGCACACAAGUCCCCCUACUGCUGCCCGGAGUGUGGGGUCCUCUGUCGCUCUGCCUACUUCCAGACCCACGUAAAGGAGAAUUGCCUGCACUAUGCCCGCAAGGUGGGCUACAGGUGCAUCCACUGCGGUGUCGUCCACCUGACCCUGUCCUUGCUGAAGAGUCACAUCCAGGAGCACCACUGCCAGAUUUUCCACAAAUGUGCAUUUUGUCCCAUGGCCUUCAAGACUGCCAGCAGCACUGCAGAGCACUGCACUUCCCAGCACUCCAACCAGCCCCACAAACCCUCCCAGCUCAUUUAUAAGUGCUCCUGCGAAACGGUCUUCAACAAGAAGAGACACAUGCAGCAGCAUUUCUACCAGGACGUCAGGGAGGCCCAGGCGAGCGUCUUCAAGUGCCCUGAGUGCCCACUUCUGUUCCCACAGAAGCCGGAGUUGAUGCAGCACGUCCAGAGCACCCACGGUGUCCCCCGGAAUGUGGACGAGCUGUCGAGCCUCCAGUCUUCAGCAGACGCAUCCUCGGGCCGCUCCAGUUCUCGAGCCCCCACCGAGUCCCCAGCUGCUAGUGUGGCUGCCAGGGGCAACUCCCUGGCCCCGGGCCGUUGGGGCAAGCCUGACAGCCAUCGCAGGGUGGACGCCAGACCCCGGCUAAGGAGCACUGGCUGGACCUGCCAGGAGUGCCAGGAGUGGGUUCCCGACCGGGAGAGCUACAUUUCCCACAUGAAAAAGAGCCACGACCGGACAAUGAAGCGGUACCCGUGUCGGCAAUGUGAGCAGUCUUUCCACACCCCCAACAGCCUGCGCAAACAUAUCCGCAAUAGCCACGACACUGUGAAGAAGGUCUAUAUGUGUGGGUUCUGUGGCGAUGACAGCCCCAGCUUUCCCCGCCCCUCGCUGCUGGAGAGCCACAUCAGCCUUAUGCAUGGUAUCCGAAACCCUGAUUUGAGCCAGACAUCCCACGUCAGACCAGCGGGUGGACGUUCCUCUCAGGUGAACCAUCUGAAAAGGCCGCUCAGUGGAGCCGGGGACACUGCAGGCACUAGCAAUGGCAUAACUGUCCCUGCCACCAAAAGGCCCAAGUCCGUUUUCCAGUGUGCAAAAUGUAGCUUUGCCACAGACUCGGGGCUCGAGUUCCAGAGCCACAUACCUCAGCACCAGGUGGACAGCUCCACAGCCCAGUGUCUCCUCUGUGGCUUGUGCUACACCUCCACCAGCUCCCUCAACCGCCACCUCUUCAUCGUCCACAAGGUGAGAGACCAGGAGGAGGAGGAGGCAGAGGAGGCAACAGCGACUGUGCCGGCGACAGUGGAGGUGAAGAUGGAAACCUCGGAGGAGGCCGAAGAGGGCUCCGGGGAGGAGGCACCUGGGGAGACGAGAGAGAAUGGACUGGAGCCAGGUGCUGGUGAUCCUUUGUUGGUCAACAUGGAGGCAAGGAGAGCCCUGGGCCUGGCCCUGCAGGAAGACACUGCCCAAGACACUCAGGGCCAACGCACAGCCUCUCAGGACCAGGCCAGCCCUGCACCCUCUCCUCAGGUGUGACCGCAGGCUCUGCACUGUGGACGGCUCUGGCCCUGUGUGCGUGUGCUGCAGGUGCUGGGGGUCUCCAGCCCCACCAGACAGGGGUGCUGCUGGGGGCCCUCUCGGCUCUGAACUUGCUUCGGUUAUUUAUGGCUUUGUGCUGCUUCUUGGAGUCCGACUCUUGUCUGUGUCCUUCCAGCCCCAGGUUGCUUAUGGGGCCUGCCCCAGUGCUGUCCACCUGGCUGGAGACCCUCCGUCUCUGUGCUCUUUGCAGGAGUGCCCUGCCUGCUGCCUUCAGCCAGGUGACCCCUCAGAGCUCUCCUUCCACCACCUCUCCCAAGCAGGGACCGAGGGCUGCUGCCACAGGCUCUCUGGGAUAACUCUGCCAGCCUGGCUUGGUGGGGGUCCUUGGUCAUCCUGCCCUUCCUUCCUGUCUUCUGAUCCUUUUCUCUACAAGUAGCCCUGAGAACACAUUGUCCCAUGGCGCAUCAUGUCUUGAGGGGGAAGAAACUUGGUUCAGCCUGUCUGGGAUCAGGAGCACAGGAGGCGUGGCAAUGGCAGGUGCUGGGGGUGGACCUUGUUCUGCUGCUGUUUUGGCCUUUCCCUGGUGAGUGGGAUUUGGGGCACACGGACCAUGGCUCCUGUGCCAUUAGAAGAGAUGCUGCCCCAAGCAGGUCAGCCCCUUAUCCUCUUGGCUACACUCAUGUUGCUCAGACUACAUUUCAAAUAAAAACAUCUUACCAUGCAGGUAGGCUCUUGUAUUGCCCUCAUAGUGAGCCUGGCCCCACCCCACCUGCCCAAGGACCCUCCCCAAGCUUCUGUUUGUCCUGCCUCUGAGGACACUACUUCCUCUUGUCCAAGGAAGGACCUCUCCAUGGCCUGAACUUGUAAAUUACCAACUGGGAGCUCCCCUUAUGUUUCCUGGUUCUCUAGAGGCUUUGUGGGUACCUGGGGAUUGUCUUGGUGCCCCCUAAGCCAUCUUGAAGGUUCCAGGUCUCCCCUGGGCCAGUGGCUGUGGCUCUAGGGCCUACUGAAGUAUUCUGGGCAGCUCCAUCUUCCUCCUAAAUGGGUUUUCAGACUAGAAGAACCUUUCCUUGUGAGGAAGCAUUGUGUAAUCCUCUUCUUGCAGCUUUCUUGAGGCCUCAGAACUAGGGUUAGGUUUGGCUGGCAGGAUGUCUUAUCACUGAGGGUGGAGUUAAGGCCCGCCCAGGCAGGAGGGGCAGGGGAAGAGGUUGCCCUAUCCUCUGACCUCACACCCAGGUGGCCUGGUACUGGGGCCAGCAGGAUCCAGGAUGGGGGAGAGGAGUGGGCACUUAGAGAUGAUCUUUUGGAGGAAGCGUUGAAUGUCAGUUAAAAACAAGGUCAGAUAAACAUGCGUGACCUUUCACAUUUUCUCUCAGAUACCAAAUUUGUAGGGGAAAUGCUAAUGGGAACGCUAAUGGACAAAGGUUAGUGCUUGUCUGGGUUUCAGAGUGAUUCUGGCUGCACUGUUUUACUGAUUGCUCUCUGGCGAGGCUGCCCCCUUCUUGCCUCCCACACAGUGAGGGCAGGCAGGGCUUAUUUCCAGCCACCUGGAAAGCCAGUGUGAGCCCCGACUUUGCUGUUACCCCUUCCUUAAUUCCAGUUACAGGGGCCAGCUCUGUACUUUGGAUCUGCUCACAAGGACAGUUCUGGGCUGGUGGGAGGAUUUGAAACAGACAGCUGAACUCCUUUCUGUUCAGAACCAGUGAUGGCUGGAGUUUAGGCCAUGUUGCCUGAAACCGCAGGUCUCCCCAGAUCUCUCCUUUCUGAAGUGGUUGCAGGUAAAGGAGACAGAGCUGCCACCUAGGAAACCUGGCUCAUCACUUGGGGUCUGUGCUGAACCAACUCUGAAUGAGCCCCUCUCAAGCCCCUCUCUCCAAAAUGGAGCUGGUCCCUUGCCAUCCCACUGAGAUGGUAAAUGUGGGGGAUUCUCUCAUGGGGCAUGCCUGACGCUUGGUGCCCAUUACCUGCUGGGUUGGCCUGGUAUCCCUGCCCUCUUGUAAUAGCGAUGAUUUGGGUAUUCUAAGCCCUGUUCUUUUGCCCAGGAUCUUGCUGAACAUUCAUAUGAUUCUCUCAUCUUGUUCUCAAAAAUCCAUACUUGCACUGGGAGUUACGCGACUGGCUGAGCCACCUGCAGGGCCUUCGCUGCGCCCUGCCCAUCCCUCGCUGUGCUGCCUUAGAGACCAAGGCUGGCCACCAGCCUACUUUCUUCCUUCCCACAUAGGCAAACCCCACAGGUUCUAUCUAGGGUUGGUCUGUCUGUCUGUCUUGUCAUCCCAAGUGAGGCCCCACACACACAUCACACUUGCCUCUCACCUCCUGAAGUGCAGGGCAAAGGUCUGUGAGCUCUUUCUUUCUGCUUGGGCUUCACCGUGUCCCAUGCAGAUAGCCUAACCCCUUGGAGUCCAGUGUGUCCAGAUUUCUCUUCCUGGCUGUUUUUUCAUGGUUAUGUUAUCACAUGUCAUCAUCAGAUGGUGCUUGCUGGAACAAGCACUUAGCCGCACGUCCUGCUGCCAAGAAGGUGCCGCCGAUCCAGUUAAACAGAUAAGAUGCCUGGCCUUGUAAGAAACUCCGACUUAACACGCUUGAAGGCUUCACCAAUGACUAGUAUUUAUUUUCUGACUGCUUUAUCUUUGUAAAAUGCUAUGCUAAAUCACUAUAUGCUAAUUGUUGUAGGAAGACCUUUCCCCCAGUAAAGUCAUUUUUUUUUUUUUUUUAAAGAAACCUCUUAACAGUUGUGGCCCAGCAAGUUCAUCACUUGGCCCUCUCCAAGACUGAGGAAGCUGUGUGCCCCACUUAGCACUGUUUUCAGCACCCAGCAGCUUCUCGGAUGUUUUGUUUGUUUGUUUUUGGAAAACUCAUAACAUAUGCCUGGCAAGACACUCAGCAGUACAAAAGUAAUCUUUCCGAUGGAAGGCAGCCGCCAGUCCCCUUCCCCUCCCUAUCCUUGAGUUAAUCACUGUUAUCUCUAUCUUGUGUAUCCUUCCAGAGCGAUUCUAUGCAUUUACAAGUUUAUAAAUAUGUAUAUUUAUAUAUCUAUUUUUAAUACAAAUGGUAGCAUUCUGUA